AUGUUUUCCCCAAGAGUGGUGCAGUGCGUGCACCCGGCGGCUGACGUGUCCUGCUCGGCCACAGGUGCAGUGCAGUGCGUGCACCCGGCGGCCGACACCACCCAGUGGGCGGUGACGGGGGCGGCGGCGGUGCGCAGCGGAGCCAACGUGUUCGGCCUGUGGCCCAGUGAGGCUCGCCCCACCCUGUCUCACACCGUUAUCGGGACCAUGAACCUGUCCACGCAAGCCGACCUGACGCUGUACGACAUCACGCGGCUCGAGUCGCUGCAGAACUCGAACGCAACCGACAAUCAGCUGGUGGUGGCGUGCGUGGCCAUGGUGCCCACGACGUCCGCGAUGGCGCAGGGCGGUGCCGUCAGCAUGGAUGUUAAGCUAUUGGACGGCGCCGACAACGAGCUCGCCGCGGAAUCGACCACGCUCUCGCUGGACGACAACUACCAGGCCACUGCUCCGAAAAUAGCCAUCAACAAGACGAUCGAGCUGAAUGCCACGAUGCCAACGCCGUCGGCCAGCAUCGGCGAGUACGUCUGGGUGCCGUUCCGACUCAUCAUCCCACCCGGAGUGCACGAGGCCGAGAUGGUGGUGGCUACACCCAGCGACCCCACGCGAGCAUACUUCACUGUACACGGCAUCCGCUACGGCGAGAAGAUUGGCUUGGACGUGUUGGGCGCGCCUGUGCUCACUGAGGAUAUCCUCAACUUCACCAUGACCAACACCAACAUCACGCACCCGACGCAGUACGAUACGCUGCUGGUCAACCUGGGCUUCGUGACCAACCUGGGCCUCAGCGGUGAGUUGUUCCGAGGCAAGGGCGGCGAGACGGAGUGGGGCGUCGACGUCGAAGUCGAGCUGCGCAUCACGGACCACCCCCUGCUCCGCACCACCCCCACCCAUCCGGUGCACAUCGGGCUGCGGCUCGGAGACACCAUCAUGGUGGACAAGCAGGACGUCACCGCCACGGUGCUCGGCACGGAAAAGAUCGAACUGGAAACCGAGCUCGUGCUGGCUGACCCGCUCAAGAAGCAGUACGACAAGGAGUUGGACGAGAAAGUGGGCUUCUCCCUGAUAAUGCGGCACAGCAACACGUCCAGGCUGGAGGGCGAGGACACUCGCGCCGUGGUCAUCUUCCCGCCCUACAUGACCUACGAGAACGGCUCGGCCGAGCACAACGCCUCGUCCCUCACCGUGCUCUUCAAGGGCUCCAGCGUCGCACUGGUGGUGGGUGAGAUGUGGUUCGCCGACAUCUACUCCAUCAACUUCACGGCGCUGAUCGACCCGGACUUUGUACGCGGCCGCGGCAGCGGCUUCGCCAACGCCACGACCCUCGCACGCGCCAUAUGCCGCCCAACGCAGCCAGCGGCCGAAUUCAAGCGCUGCAGCCCCAUGACCUACACCAUGUACGAGGUCAACAACCCAGAGUGCUCAGACCCGCUGCUGGCUUCGCUGACCGACUGCCACUUUAGUGCCUCAGCUGUGAUCGAGAGAGCUGGCUCCUUCGGACCCGCCGCCAUCAAAUCAACUGGGUGGCGGCCGCCGGUGCGGGACGACCCGGCCUGGACCCAACAGUACCUGGACAUUAGCUUUGUCGUGCCGACCCGCAUCUCGGGCUGGAAGGUGACCAACCUCGGCUCGCGUGCCGUCACGAGAAUCUCCCUGGAGUCCAGCGCCAACGGCCUCACCUUCCAACGGCAGUUCGAGGGUGAGGUACCGGCAAGCACCGAGAAGCAGGAUCUUGGGGAAAAUAGCUUCAACGCCCGAUUCGUCCGCAUCGUCAUCCAGUCGGCUGACAUUGAUGCGUCCUCUUACAUCCAGAUCACCGCCGAGCUGUACGGUUGCCACACGGCCGAGCCCGUCGCCGACACGUGUCCGGCCGUGGACGACAACACCAUCUAUACGACCGAGCCGCGGAAGUGGCGCCACUUCGCCGUCGACACCACCAACGGCAUCAUCUAUUACUGCGAUUACGACCUGGCGAAGGAUAUGAUCAUAUGCUUCGCUUCUAGGGACGGUGAAAUUUGGAUGGCCCAGCCGAAAUACAUCGGCGAGCUGCGCGGCCAUGCUGCCGGCAAGAUGUACGCCUACGACAGCAAGUUCGCGUCCACGCUGUACUCGGCGGACGGCGAGCACUGGCAGGUGGCCGGGGCUGCGGACGUGCCGGCCGUCCUGGACCCCGUCAUGGUGGUCAAGGGCAGCACGGCCGCCGACACGGUACCCAUCGACCAGGGCGGCUGGGAAGGCGACUACUACGGUCUGAAGAAGGCCGGCACCAGCGCCUACCUGGUCAAGUGGAGCAAGUGCUGCGGCAACUAGGAGUCUGCCGUCCAGAUGUCCGGCCCCUGAGCAGCUUCGGGAUAUGACGCGGCAACGCGGGGGACCGCCGCGGACGUGCGCUAGCUUGGAGAGGAUGGAGCCUGCGCUCGCCCCGCCUGUCGCCUGGCCGCCGUACUGUGCUGUGAACUUCGAGAGUCACAAGCUAGGCACGACCGCCCGCGCAUCGCCGCAAAAUACCAACCCACGUGCAAUAUCCUUAUUGAUCUCCAUUGGCAUGCCUGGGAUUCGUUUAGUAGCCUCCACGUAUCAGUUGCUUUUAACAUUUGUUCGCGGUUCGGAUCGGUUCCGUUUUGCGCCAUAAACGUUGCAUUGUACUGACUGAGAUGUCAAAACUGUUCUCGGCGGGAGGCGUCAAAAAUAGCUGUUUGGUGUUUCAUGUGCAUCGCUGAAGUAAUGGUGCGUUGUGCAUCACUUACAUGCAGGCUAUCAUUGCAUAGAUCCAUCAUUGAUGUCACAUGCAAAGGGUGUCCACACUAGGCAUAAGGAUUUCUUUCAACCGCGUCUUCUGCCCCAAACAAGAAUCUCCGGGAAGGAUGACAAAACCAGUGCCUUACUGACAUUUAUCGAUUUUUUUUUGUUGGAAAAUAAAUCUUAAUAAAUGUUGUCAUCUCAGUAA